AUUGUGAAGGCCGUGGCCGGAAGCUGUGUCAGGUGUGUUGUCGCCCCGCGCGCUGUCUGGCAGGUGAGGACGUCAUGUCGCUGCUGUUCGCAGAUGAGGAGUUUCAGGGCGCGUGGAGGGAGCUGGACGAGCCGCAGCUGGAUGGAGGCUGGGAGCUGUUCACCGAGACCAUGGGGGUGAAGAUCUACCGGCUCUACGACCAGGAAACUGGACUUUAUGAGUACAAAGUCUUUGGUGUGCUCGACACCUGCACUCCAGAGCUGUGUGCAGAUGUCUACAUGGACUUGAAGUAUCGGAAAGACUGGGAUAAGUAUGCAAAAGAGCUCUAUGAGAAGGACUACGAUGGACAGACUGCGGUCUACUGGGAAGUAAAAUACCCGUUUCCCAUGUCAAACCGAGACUACGUGUACGUGAGGGAGCGCAGAGACCUGGACGUGGACGGCAGGAAGAUCUGGGUGAUCCUGGCCAGGAGUUCUCCAGAGACGCCGUGUGAGGAGAAGAGCGGCGUGCUGAGGGUCAAAGACUACAAGCAGAGCGUCGCCUUGGAGAGCGACGGAGGCUGUGGAACUAGAGUGUUCUUGAAUUACUUCGACAACCCCGGUGGAAUGAUUCCGACCUGGCUGGUGAACUGGGCAGCUAAGUCUGGAGUUCCUGGUUUCUUAACAGACAUGCAGAAGGCCUGCAGCAACUACAGAAGCUACUGCCAGAGGAAAUGAACGGCAACAGGACAGGACGACGGCUCAUGAUGAUCAAGGGCUCAUUUAGAUUUUUACUCGUUUUAGUUUUGGGAGAUGUCGUAUGAUCAAAUUCUGACUGGCAUGGUGCGGUCUUGCUGUAGCAUGCUGUUUACUCAGGCAUGAUGUGCAUGUCUGUUAAUAUGCUGGUGCUCAAUCAGUUUUGUUCCGUUACCUGAUGGUGUAUGGUCUUUUUCUGUGCAAUCACUGGACGCUCCAGUUCCUCCAAGGAGCUUUCAGAAAAUGUAAACAUUUGUUUAAAGAAGCAAUAUGUAAGAAUUUUAGCUAAAAAUAUUUAAAUAUUAACUAAAAAUAUCCCCAGAAUUAGAGGAAAUAACAGUCUCCUAUUUUUUCUCAGCUUCCUUGCGCCAACGUCCUCCUCGCUCUCUUCUCCUCUGCCAUUAUGUCCAUAGAGGCUGCCGAGCCCGGUUACAUCGCCCACUUGCUCAGCUCCUGUUCUGGCAUGACACCGGCUCCUCCUCACCCUAGCCCUGUAAACCUCCUCUUCUUUUUCCCAGUGGUCCAAACCUCCUGUGGUACAGACCCUAACACUCCCCCCGGUGCUCUGAGCUCACAGUCCGGGCAGCCUGGCUAACAAACUGAGCUGACAGCAGCUACAGUUGGCAGCAGUUAACUUCACUGUCCGUCAGGAAACUCUGUAAAUCACAGAGAGUUGAGGCGACUCUCAGUUUUCAGAACUUAAUAGUUGUUGCUCAGAACUUUGAGGAACUUUUAUAUUCAUCGUCCUGGUUGGCGCUGCUGUCCAUCACUUGCUGCUAAUCCCGUAUCCGUUACUCGCUCGCCGGGCUCUGGUUCUUGCCUCCCGCCCUGGGCCUGUAAACACAAACACUCCCCCGGUGCUCUGAACUCGCAGUCCGGGUAUAAAUUCUUACAUAUUGCACCUUUUUAAAGUUUAAAAAACACUCCGAUGUGUUCUGUCCUGUGACUUUUACCUUGUUUACCGCCACAUAUGACGUGACAGAUGCGAUAUAAGUUGAUUUCUUGUACGUUUUAAUCUUCUCAUCGUCUAUUUCCGUUCACUGGAAUUCACUUUAUUGAAUAAAAUGAAGUGAACAAGACAAAUCUGUACUUCUAGACCCUGAUUGUUCUCUUUCCAUGCCAACGUCACGUUAUGAUAACUCUAUGCUGAUUUCUUACGGGUGCGUAUGAUCAAAGAUACAGUAUGUGACAUAAUAUUGUUGAUGCGGGUGAGUGUAGUUUAUCUGGUCAUGGCCUAUUACUGUGUAAUACUGCUGUUAUUGAAAAGAAUAAACUUUUAUUUGAUUGA